CAACAACCUGUGUUACUACAAUUUAGGCAAAACUUUUCUCCAGGUAAAACUGACACACUUUUAAGUUAUUACAUUCGAUACGAUUCCGUAUUAUGGGGGAAGUAUUUUCCUGCGCGUUAGAGAAAUGUUUUGUUUGUUAGUUUAGCAUGUGUAGCAACUAAAUAAGCUAACUUUGUGUCACCUGUCUAGCAUACAUUCAUGUUGACAGUCUUGGUUAGCAGACAGUACUUUAAUAUGCCCAGGUGUCGCUCUGUUCUCAGCUUUAACAAGGUUGCGGGUGUAGCUGAAUUGUGUGCGAGCUGUCGUUGACACGUCCUGGUAGUUUUAUGUGGCGCUGACAGAACCCGGGUCGUUCGCAAUGCUCCUGCAGCUGCUCCCACCUAUCAACUAGCCGCCCGGCUGCUCUCCUGUCCGCCGCCUGCCCAUGGCUCACUGCGGCCCCGCAGAGCCCAGCGCAAAGGCGCAGGCACCGCGUCCCGACAGCAACAAGCCCGUGCAGGGCAGUGUCGACCAGGGUAUGAAGCCGGUGCUUUUCGAGAUCUUUGGGGAGUUGUGGACCGUCCAGUCCCGGCUCGGCCAAGGAGUCUCGGCCUCAGUGUACCAGGUCAGCUCGGGCAGAGCCAGCACAACCGCCGCUGUCAAGGAGUUUCAGGCCGACACUCAGGGAGGAGACUACGGGUAUCACAAGGAGAGGUCCGUGCUGGAAGAUAUCCAGGGACAUAAAAAUAUAGUCACACUUUACGGGGUGUUCACCAACCACAGCUGUAUGGGUGUUGCCACCCGCUGUCUGCUGCUGGAGCUCCUGGAUGUCAGUGUGUCUGAUCUGCUGACCAGUGGUACCCAGGGUGGAAGACCCCAACAGGGCCACUCCAUGUGGCUGGUGCAGCACUGUGCCAGAGACAUCAUGGAGGCUCUCGCCUUCCUCCACAAGGAAGGCUACGUCCACGCCGACCUCAAGCCACGCAACAUCCUCUGGAGCGCCGAUGACGAGUGCUUUAAGCUCAUCGACUUCGGACUCAGCUUCAAAGAGGGAAACCAG